CAUCAGUUUCCAAAGUGGCUCCAAAGUAACAGCGCAGCUGAAAAUUUAAUUUCAAAUUGACUGCAGUGAAAACGUUAAUACUAAACGGCAUUAUGGACGUUAAACAAUUCGAGCAAGAAGUUCUUCAAGCCCACAAUUCAUAUCGGGCCAAGCAUGGAGCUCAACCACUGACUUUGAGUCCCAGGCUGAAUCAGUUGGCUACGGAAUGGGCCAAUUAUUUGCUGGCCACAAAUUGCAUGCAACAUCGCCAGAACAGUGGGUAUGGUGAGAACAUUUACAUGGCCUCCGGUGGAAAUCUGCAAGGUGCCGAUGCCGUAAGAUCCUGGUACGAAGAGAUUCAAGACUACAAUUGGAAUUAUCCGUCGUUUCAAGGAAACACGGGCCAUUUCACUCAGGUGGUCUGGAUGAGCUCCACCGAGUUGGGCGUGGGUUUUGCCAAGAGCGGCAGAACCAUCUAUGUUGUGUGCAACUACAAUCCCCCUGGCAACUACAACAACAUGUUCAGAGAGAACGUCGCACGCCCCAUAUGCUGAAUAUACUUCGUACUAUAUUUACUAAAGCAUUCCGAAAUGUACAUGAACUCUAAACCGCACCUGUGAAUUACCAAAAAUGUGCCAUAUGUUCAUAAUUCUGAUAACGUUCGAAAGAUAAUUA